GCUGAGCACUCUGUCAUUUGGCCACGGUCGGUUCUGAGGAGAGGGACAGCAACGGCAAAGAAACGCAGGAACAAGUCAGUUGGAUAGAGAGAAGAAAGAAAAUAAUACAGAAAUCCUUUAAACAAUGAAACCGACCGAAUAAGCCACUACAGUCAACUAGUAUUGAAUUCGUUUUAAACGUUUAAUUCAAUGACAUUUUUUAAAAAUUUUUAUACAAGCAAGGUUAGCGGUUCGCGAGAGAGAGCUGUGUCAUUGAGCAGGCAGGACACGUCAGGAGACGAGAGAAAAGCUGGUUAGCCAUAACUAGCUACUAUAUGAGCGAAAGCCAUAAAAGUACCCUAUCGCUUGUCAUAAACUUGAUAUUCACAAUUUUAUCAGACACAUCGAGAUUGCCGAUUGACUACAGGACGGAUCGAGUCAUCGCCUGGAUCAAGGGUAAGCGACCAAAAGGACGUAAAGAUCACGGGAUAGCAUAUAUUGUGUGGGGGAAAACAAAUGGGGGAUUACGGGUUUGGAGUCUUAGUGCAAAACAACACUGGCAACAAGUCUGCAUUCCCAGUUAGAAUUCACCCACAUCUGCAACCUCCACAUCAUCAUCAGAAUGCGUCUCCAAGCCCUGCUGCUUUCAUAAACAAUACCACAUCUGGUAAUGGCAGUAGCAGUGGGUCGCCUUGGCUUUUUUCAGCCACAGCUGCCCACAGCAGCAUGCAAGAUGAAAUUCUUGGGUCUGAAAAACCCAAAGCCCAGCAACAGGAAAUGCAAGAAACGCAAGAAAAGCAGCAACUGUCCCCUGGCCACCAGGAGUCUGUAAUCAUAUCUGAGUUAGAGAAGGCGAGGUCCGAGGAGAACAAGGUGGAGGGCAGCCCCUCAGAGGGUAGCAAUGGAAAGGAGAAGCUGCGCCUCGAGUCCCCAGUACUGACAGGCUUCGACUACCAAGAGACAUCGGGUCUUGGGGCUCCGGCCCAGUCCAGUACCUCCUCGUCCCUGACCGGCUUCAACAACUGGUCAGCGGCUAUUUCCCAGACACCCUCCACCAUCAUCAACGAGGAUGUCAGCUUCUUCAACCCAGCUGCCUCUGCUAACAAUGGGGCCCUCCUGUUCCAGAAUUUCUCCCACCACACCAGCCCAGGCUUUGGGGGAAACUUCUCCCCCCAGAUUGGACCCAUCUCCCAGCACCAUCCCCCACAUCCACACUUUCAGCACCCACACAACCAACACCAACAGCACCGCAGGUCCCCGGCCAGCCCCCACCCUCCUCCCUUCCCCCAUAGGAAUGCUGCGUUCAGCCAGUUGCCGCAUUUGUCCAAUAAUCUGAAUAAACCCCCGUCACCUUGGGGUAGCUACCAAAGCCCUUCUCCUUCUCCCUCUUCUACCUCCUGGAGUCCCGGCGGGGGCUAUGGUGGCUGGGGAGGCUCCCAGGGGCGUGAGUACCGUCGGGGCCUCAACGGAGGCAUGACCCCACUGAACUCAAUCUCCCCACUGAAGAAAACAUUCCCCAACAACCACGUGCCGUCGCAGAAGUACUCCCGCACCAGCCCUGGGUUCAACCCCAAAUCCUGGAUGGACGAGAGUGUGAGCAGGAGUGACAACAUCUUCCCCUUCCAGGAGCGCACCAGAUCCUUUGAUGGCUUCAACAUGCAUUCCCUGGAGAACUCUCUCAUUGACAUCAUGAGGGCCGAGCAAGAUACCCUGAAAGGUCGCCUAGGAUUCACCCAUCCAGGGGGAGAAAGUCCUCUGCCCAUAAAUGCAAGGAAUUAUGGGAGGAGACGAGGUCACUCUUCCCUGUUCCCCAUGGAGGAUGGUUUCCCUGACGACGAGCGUGGUGAGCAGAGCCUGCCUGGCCUUGGCUCGCCCCACUGUUUCCCCCACCAGAAUGGGGAGCGUGUUGAGCGUUACUCCCGCAAGGUCUUUGUCGGUGGCCUCCCGCCAGAUAUUGAUGAAGAUGAAAUAACUGCAAGUUUCCGUCGCUUUGGACACCUCUUUGUGGACUGGCCUCACAAGGCAGAGAGCAAAUCUUACUUCCCCCCGAAAGGUUAUGCCUUCCUGCUGUUCCAGGAUGAGAGCUCUGUGCAGGCCCUGAUUGAAGCCUGUAUUGAAGAGGACGGCAAGCUCUACCUGUGUGUGUCUAGCCCCACCAUCAAAGACAAGCCGGUCCAGAUCCGUCCCUGGAACCUGAACGACAGUGACUUUGUGAUGGACGGCUCCCAGCCUCUGGACCCCAGGAAGACCAUCUUUGUGGGUGGGGUGCCACGCCCUCUCCGUGCAGUGGAGCUGGCUAUGAUCAUGGACAGGCUGUAUGGAGGCGUGUGCUAUGCAGGCAUCGACACAGACCCGGAGCUCAAGUACCCCAAGGGAGCAGGGCGGGUCGCCUUCUCCAAUCAGCAGAGCUACAUCGCUGCUAUCAGCGCUCGUUUUGUCCAGCUGCAGCAUGGAGAAAUCGAUAAACGGGUGGAAGUGAAGCCAUACGUCUUGGACGACCAGUUGUGUGAUGAGUGUCAGGGAACUCGGUGCGGGGGCAAGUUUGCCCCUUUCUUCUGCGCCAACGUCACCUGUCUCCAGUAUUACUGUGAAUACUGCUGGGCGGCCAUCCACUCACGCGCUGGUCGGGAGUUCCACAAGCCACUGGUCAAGGAGGGAGGGGACCGGCCUAGGCACAUCUCCUUCCGCUGGAACUGAGAGGCAGAGGGGAGAGGGGGGAGUAGGAGUCGCAAAAUCAUUGUACAAAUAAAUGCACUUUUCUGUUGCUGGUUCCUUUUUAACUCUAAUUUGGGAGAAAAAAAAAGUUCAAUUUUAAAUUAAUAUUUUUUUUAAAGAUGAGGAGAUAUGUCAAGACAGGAAAAGAAAAUGUGUAUCCCAUGUGAAAUCCCAUGUGAAAUCCCAUUCUCUUGACUUUCUCCAGUUGCUUUUAUCUUUUAUUAGAGCAGAAUUUGAAAAGAUUAGGCUUUCGAUUGUCACCUUACUAUCCAAUUGACGUGUCAUUGACCAUCAACCUCAAAGCAGUAUGUUCAGUUCAGAUGUUCAUCCAAUAGGCUCCAGUUCAGAUGUUCAUCCAAUAGGCUCCAGAGCAGAUGUUCAUCCAAUAGGCUCCAGUUCAGAUGUUCAUCCAAUAAGCUCCAGAGCAGAUGUUCAUCCAAUAGGCUCCAGAGCAGAUGUUCAUCCAAUAGGCUCCAGAGCAGAUGUUCAUCCAAUAGGCUCCAGAGCAGAUGUUCAUCCAAUAGGCUCCAGAGCAGAUGUUCAUCCAAUAGGCUACAGAGCAGAUGUUAAUAGCAAAGGUGUUGCUAAAGAAGAGUGCACUUAUUUCUUUAUUUUAGAGUGCAGAAUAUAAAGUCUCAGUAGUUAACCAAAGCUUAAUCUCAAUUGGUUUGAAAAAGAAACAAGUACAGAAACGUGGAUUAUUUCCCAGAUCAGAUGUUUGAAUAUUUUUUUUUAGAGACCAUGCUAAUAUUUGAUGUUACUUGACAAGAUCCAUUUCACGACAGGCGUUCUGGUUUGAUCUCCAUUUUGACAUGCAAAAACUAAUACCUCAAGCUUAGCUGCUAAUGUGACGAAUAAGUUAAAGUAAGCUGGUAUCCCUCUUCCCUUAGGACCACAAUCAAAGGGAAACGACGUCAGCAAAAAGACACAUUUUUAUAGACGCUGCUUUGUCACUUCUUUAUUUUUGUAAUCUGACCCAAGGUUGUACUAAGAAUGAACAGAGCAUUUUAUUGGGGAAUGUAUGGCGUUGGAGGUCCCUGAGACCCUCAGCGCUGGCCCGUAUAGAGAUAAGUGACCCCCCCCCCCCCCCCCCCUCUGUGUCUGAGGCCAUGCUAGCUAGGAGAGGAGAGGCUAGUGCCUAGUUGUCAUCAGGGCUACACGUGAGCAGAAAGCCCUGUUUUUCGUGUAUUAUUAUUGCGUUGGUGCAAAUCUCCCAAUCCUUUUUUCACAACCGUAUUCUGUUUUUAACCCCGCUCAAAAAGAGAAAUGAAUUACUAAAGCCAGGCUUGUCAUCAACACAUUUCCAUCUAGAGGAGGAUCCAGUUAUUAGAGCUGCAGACCUCUCUUCCUGUGCCAGCCCAGCUAACUCAGCCAGUGUUCUAAGCAUAAAUGAAGAUAGUCCAUGCGAUGUGCUCUACUACGUACGUCCCACAAUGCAGUUCACUCACUCAAACAAGACUGCAAUGAAGAGGUUAUACCUAGAUGCUUUAGGGAACCAAAGCCGCCUGUGCAGUAGUGCAGUAAUACAGUAUUUCAUUUCAGUUUUUUUGAGUUCAUUAUUCUUUUCCUAUUUUUCUUACGAAGACCAGAUGGACUACAGCAAACCAAAGAUUGGCCUUGAAUAGAUAACAGUGCAGUCAAAAUCCAGGAAAACACUAGUGAAAACAACUGGACUUAUUCAGUUUACAGACACCCAGGCUUUUUCACCAGUCAAUCCUCUCAUUUCCAAAGGUCAAAAUAGAGACGUUUGUUGCUAGGCAGUUGUGUAACGUGAAUAGGUCUGCAACAGGUUUGGGGAUAUUAACACAACAAGCUAAACAAAGGCUCACAUUUGGUUUGGUUAUUAUAGUCAUACAGUAUCUGAAUCUACUAGCGUUUUAAUAUGUCAGGGAGAGAGUGCUGAAAUAGAAUUUAACACACUAGUGAAAACCGUAUCCUUGUGUUGGCUUGCUGGUGUUCUACUGCACCAUGACUUUAGCUUGCUGGUGUUCUACUGUACCAGUUCUGCACCAGGACUUUAGCUUGCUGGUGUUCUACUGUACCAGUUCUGCAUCAUGACUUUAGCUUGCUGGUGUUCUACUGUACCAUGACUUUAGCUUGCUGGUGUUCUACUGCACCAGGUCUGCACCAGGACUUUAGCUUGCUGAUGUUCUUCUGCACCAUGACUUUAGCUUGCUGGUGUUCUACUGCACCAGUUCUGCACCAGGACUUUAGCUUGCUGGUGUUCUACUGUACCAGUUCUGCACCAGGACUUUAGCUUUCCGGUGUUCUACUGCACCAGGACUUUAGCUUUCCGGUGUUCUACUGCACCAGUUCUGCACCAGGACUUUAGCUUUCCGGUGUUCUACUGCACCAGUUCUGCACCAGGACUUUAGCUUGCCGGUGUUCUACUGCACCAGGACUUUAGCUUGCCGGUGUUCUACUGCACCAGGACUUUAGCUUGCCGGUGUUCUACUGCACCAGUUCUGCACCAUGACUUUAGCUUGCUGGUGUUCUACUGCACCAGGACUUUAGCUUGCUGGUGUUCUACUGCACCAUGACUUUAGCUUGCUGAUGUUCUACUGCACCAUGACUUUAGCUUGCUGGUGUUCUACUGCACCAUGGCUUUAGCUUGCUGGUGUGGUGGAUAAACAUUUUAGGAGUCAAACACUUUUUGAAGAAUUUGCUGUUAAUGAGAGAAAAACAGAUUAUUUUAUACAUGGCCUGCUGAUUUUUGGUACAGUGUUUUCUAGCUAAAUUAUUUUGUCAUGCACAUAUAAACAUUUUAUGCACUACUUUUCUAAAUAUGUUUUUUUUCUUCCCAACAGUCAUUUUAGGCACAUUUUUCACAAAUGGGGAAAACUCCUUUUUGCAAUACCUCAAUUUUUCACAUUGUGAAAGGUAGCUUUUGUACUUUUGUUACUUGAGAGAUCUGCAUAUAUGGACACUUUUCAUUUAACGAAAAAAAUGUAGUGAUUUCGAUAUAUAUUAUUUUCAGUUAUGCUUUUUUCUACAUUUCAGUGCUGAGGAAUCUUCACAACCAAGUAGCGUACGUGCAUUGACGCGACUUCCGAAACGGCAGAGGAACGAUCAGUGUACUGCUUAAAGGUCUUAGAUCUUAUACACUAGAUGUUUCACAAAAAUCAGAUCUUAACAGCAUGGCGAGGACAAAGUUGUCAUUUAAAAUUUUAAUGUUAUUGUUUAAAAAAAAAAUGGCUAUCCUAGUUGGGGAAAAUGGUAACUUCUCUUUUUGGUUUCCUCUCCAUAGCUGGAUUAUAACUAUUAUAAGGAUAAUGCAAAUUAUGGUUCAUGCUUCGGCUGAAUCUCGUAUCACAAGAAUGGAUGUUUGGUGUUUAGAUAUUUUAACAUUUGAAAAUAUAUAUUCUUGAACUUGCCAACUAGCUCCUAUUGUAAUCCUUAGCAUGCAUGACGAAAAAAAGUACAUGAAUUAGCUAUUGAAUUUGAUUGUUGUGGUUGUGCACCAGAUGUUUCUCAACUUUAAUUUGUUAAGGACACACCCCACACCUCACUUCUCUCCCAUGUGUUGAUAUCUUUGCCUUCUCCAUACUCAGACCUCUGCAGGAUGCAAAGAAAAAAAGAUGAGAAAAUAAGAAAAAAACAAACUCUAAAAUCUAUUUUAGCAGUGGAGGACUUGAGCAUCUUAUAGGAAGGAGGACACUGUUGAAAAGACUUGUUAACUCAUCUCCACUGUCUGUUGAGGUAAUUCAACCGUUUUGGAAGAAGGGGAACUUUAAGACUUGAAUGUGGUAAAUGUUGCAAGUUAACUUCGAGUUGUUAUGUGCAAUACAUUUAAUUUUAUUUUUUUUCCAGAUAAAGACUCUUUGCAAUGUAAUUCUUUAAUGCCAUUUUUAAUUGCAGACAUUUAAAGAAGACGUUAAUAUGUUUUUCAGUCAUUUUCUACUGUUAUUGUAAUCCUUUUCAUGCUGGUGUUUGUAAAAAAGAAAAAGAAAUCAAACUAUUUGUACUAAUAUAAAUAAUCGAAGUUAUUUUUAAAACAUUAAAGGUUUUGUGCUCAUUUGUUUAUUUCAAGCUACUGUGAUUGGUUGUAAUUAUUAGGUCAAUAAUGUAUUUAGCUGUUUAUUGGUAUAUUUUUAAUUGGAAUGUAUAAUUUUUAUAAUUUUGAUCAGAUUUUUGUUAUAUUUUUGAGGUGAAGCUUUUAAAGUGUCUAGUUUUUACUAAUUGCUAUAUUGUGCUCCACAAUAUAUGAUUAACAUUUUCUGAAGGAAAAUAAAUAUUUAAAUAUUUGUCUGUUAAUGAUGUUACUUAAUGGCAAAAUUUCAAUAGUUUUUAACUGUAUGGGAAGGUUGUUGUAUUUAUUAAUAGCAUUUUUUACUUAAGAUUAUCACCUUAAUUUCUAUUGUCAUUUCACUUUAUAAGUUCCUAUUUUUGUAUUUUCCUUUCUAAUUAAGUUAUGUAAUACAAAAUGUCCAUAUUUCUAGGAGUUGGUCUGUAGCAGUGCUAGUGAAACGAAAAAUACAACUCUGUUAUUUAAUUGUUUGCAGCCAACUAUUUAUAACAGUGCAUCAUUUUUAAAUAUUUGUAAUGUGAAAUGUUGAAUGAAUAAAACUUAACUGUGAAAAGGCC